AUGUCAGCCCCGUCGCUUACCGGCGCACCUGCCCAGGGCGUAGACUGGGCGGCCCUCAAGUCAUAUAUUGCAGAAAAGGAACGGUUCGAGGCCGAAAACGGCCGCCCUGCUCCGCUGAGUGAGAUGGAGGCUGAGGCCAUCGCCGUGCUCCUUCGCCCGGCUCCGCGAUUGGACCCGGAUCUCGGCAGUGAAAACUGGCUUGGUCUACUGAACCAUUUUCAGCAGGUUAGGAGCCAAAAGAUCACAUUCAAAGACGCGCCCCGCGAGCACCCCCGCCUCGGGAAGGCCCCGGAGCUACGCUGGGCGUGCACGGCGGCGUUCACCAGCACCGGCGACGUCUUUCCCCGACCGGGCUACGGCGUGGACACCGCCGCCGGCGCGACCGUCCCGGACUUCCCGCGGAAGCAGGACGCGAAGCAGUACGCCGCCAUGACGGCCUGCAAGUGGCUCAUCGACAACGGCCAUAUGCUCCCCUCGGGCGAUCUACCGAAGCUGCCCAAGGCCUUUGCGCCGGUUCCCUUGCCCGCCGGCGCUUCCGCUUCCCCGUCGGUGUCCGUCCUCCCCGCCAAGAGGUCGCCGCCCAGCUCGCCCCCCGUCGGGGUCGACGGCUCCUCGACUGCGGCGGCGAGAAAGAGGCAGGACAACCAGCCCGCAAGAGCCUCCCCCCGCGACAGCAACGAUGGCGAGACCGGCGCGCCCGACGUCGCGAGACGACCAUCUCCCGCCAAAGAACUAGCGUCGGCGUCGGCGUCCACCUCAGCCUCCUCGUCCACGACAACGUCCUCCGCAAGCACCCCCUCAGCCGGCGUCCCCAUAGCCAUACCCCUGCCAGCGACCUCCAACUCCUCGGAACUCUCGGCGACCCAGAGGGUCCGCGAGCUGUGCAGCCGCCUAAAAUACCCGGUGCCCCAUUACAGGCUCACCCAAGACACGACGGUGCCUGGGGGCGACUUCUGGAACGGCUGUGCGGACUUUAGCAACGACCUGCGCGUGCCGGAAGACCUGGGUACCGUCAACAAGGUCCUGACGAAGAGGGCAGCAAAGGACCGCAUGUCCGAGCAUAUUCUGGCAUGGCUGCUCCACGAGCAGGAAGAGAGGAACAGGAAGGCUAAGAGGUUGCUAGGGGGUAAUGGACCGUGA